AUGCUUUCUAUGUUGGAAACAUGGUAUACACGCCAAAUGAAAGUUAUCUACGACUGGCUUAUUCAACGUAAAAGUGUUUCGUUACAUCCACACCAGUUAAAAUGUCUUUCGGUGAUUGUUAAAAAGAUUUUCAGUGCCUUCGAGUUACAAGGCCUAUCAAAAAUGAUCCAGGUUGAAGAAACAACACAAUGUGUUAAGAAAGAAGCUAGUCCCAGUGCUGGUACAUCAAGUUCAAAUCGUAAUAAAUUAUUAAGUAAUAUUGGUGAAGGUUUAACAGCAUUCACUGGGAGUCCAAUAUUUCAUCGAUCCUAA